AUGCGGCGCUAUCGGCGCGGACACCCUACGCGCAGCGCCUCGACCCCCUACGCGUCCAUACCGGCGUACGAUGACGAGUCGAGCAUCGUUCGUGUGCGUGGCCAGGUCCCGGCAUCGCCGGAGCCGUCGCUGCGUGUCACGAGCCUCUCGUGGAAAAAAUCCACGCCGCGCGGCACGGUGUCGGACAGGAAGCGCCACGGCCGUCCUCGUGCCGAGGCAGCCUCCCGACCUAUCUUCCGCAUGGUCAACUCCGACUCGCCCGCGCCCAGCACGCACGCGCCGCCCGAACCCGAGGCGUCCGUCCCCUUCAAGGCACUGGGCCCCGCGGCGCCCCGAGCGCAGAGUCCGCCUGCAGCGCCUCGCGCGCCCGACGCGGAACAAGCGAUGGAUGCGGGCGAUGACGAGGACAUGGAAGAGCGCAUACAGAAGGAGCGGGAUGCGCUGUGGAUGCACGAGGAGAACGAGCGGCACAAGGCUUAUAUGCGUCUUGCGUCGCCGGAUCGGCGCUCCCAUCGCUCCGCACGCGCUCGGAGUGCGCAGCGGCCUCGCCCGCGUACCCACCGCGCAGCGGCGCGCUCUACCUCCAUGGGUGCCUCGGUAACGCAAGCGCACGCAGGCAUGGCCGCCGGCACGCCCCCCCCGCCGGCUGACGACGCCAGCGAUGCGAGCGAGGACUUUGAAGAUGCUGCGAGUGCGCGUACAUUCUUGCGCAGUGACGACCAGAUGCAACUACGUGCUCAGCUCCUGGAGCAGCAGCGCGAGAUUGAGGAGCGCAAGCGCCGCCUGCUGCAAGAGCAGCGCGAGGCGGAGGCGGCCGUGGCCCGCGAGGCAGCGCGUCUCGCGGAACUCGAGCGCCAGGCGGCCGAGCUCGAAAAGCAGCGCGUCGAAGAGCGCGAAAAACAGGCGCUCAUGGCGCGCAAGGCCGCGGAGCGCGAGCAGCAGGAGCGCGAGCUCGAGCGUCUUGAGCAGGCACGCCUCCUUGCCGUGAAGCAGGAGCGCAUGCGCGAGGCAGAGCGUUUCGAGUCAAAGCGUGUGCGCCUCGAGCAGCAGAUGCGUGAGGCCGCCGAGCGUGAGGCAGCUACGAAGCGCGCACGGCAACAGGCUCUCGCUGCCGAGAUGGAGCGUGAAAAGCGGCGCCUUGACGAGGAACUCGCUGCCGAGGCGCGCCGCGUACAAAAGGACAAAGAGCGGGCCGAGGCGGCCCGCGCGGCUGCUGCGGAGCGCGAGCGACGCGAAGCGAAAGAAAAGGCCGAACGCGAGCGUGCCCAGGCCGAGCGUGAGCGGGAGCGUCUUGCGGCCCAGGAGCGGGCUGCACGGGAGCGGGAGCGUCUCGCGGCCCAGGAGCAGGCUGCACGGGAGCGGGAGCGUCUCGCGGCGCAAGAGCAGGCUGCGCGGGAGCGGGAGCGCCUCGCAAAACUGGAGCAGGUGGCGCAGGAGCAGGCGGCGCGGGAGCGGGAGCGUCUUGCGAAGCAGGAGCAGGCGGCGCAGGAGCAGGCAGCGCGGGAGCGAAAGCGUCUGGCGGCGCAGGAACAGGCAGCGCGGGAGCGGGAGAAGCUUGCGGCACUUGAGGCAGAGCGGGAGCGGCGCGCAGCAGAAGAACGCGCAGCGCAAGCACGGCUCGCGGCCCAGGCGCGUGCCGAUUUGGAGCGGCGCCUCGCUGAAGAGCAAGCCGAGCACGCGCGCCGCAAGGAGGCUGCCAUGGCUGCGCAGCGUGCGCGCGAGGCAGAGGCCCAGGCCGCCGAGCGCCGCGCACGCAGCGCGGCAGAGGCCCUACGCGAGCGCGAAGAGCGCGAAGCGCGCGUGCGCAAGGAGCGCCAGCUCGCUGUGCAGCAGCAGGCGGAGCGCGAAGCGCUCUUUCGUGCUUAUGCGGCGCGUGAGUCGCACGAGGCCCAGCGCCUGCAGCACGAGGGCCGUGCCCUUCGGCGGGCGCGGCGCGAAGUGGACGACGAGGAUCGCAUGGCGCGCUCACAGGCGCGGCGCACCGAGGACACGGACGAUGCAGCGUCCGCGACCGAGACGGAGCACUCAGGCACGUCGCGCGCGUCGGAUGCGACGGAUGCGUCGCGGCUCACGCACAUGCUCAGCCGCCUGCGCAUUGUAUCGCGCCAGACGACGCCGGGCAUGGCCGGUAUUCUGGCGACGACGCGGUCGGCGCCCCAGCAGGGCCUGCGCUUCGAUGCGCCGGCGCCGAUGCGCGACGAGUCGAUACGUACCCACCCUGCGCUCCCCUGGCUGAGCUAUAUGCUGGGGGUGCAUGUGCCUCGCACCGCCCUGCCGCCGGGCGCGGUGGGCGCGACCCCCGGGCCGAGCGUCGAUGUGGCGCACGAUGCGGCCGGAGCUGCGGCAGACAGGUCUCGUGUGUCGAUGCUCUCCAUGCACAGCCUCGAGUCGGCCAUGCCCGACGAGCCGUGGGCGGUGCGGCCGGCCGGCCCGUACCGCGAUGGCGCCGUGCGGUACUUCCCCGGGUACACGGUACAUGGCCUGGUGGAGCAGGCGCAUGUCCAGGCGGACGUGCAUGGCGCGCUGCUCUUUACGGCGAUGCCCCUCUCGUUCGUGCAGCAGCUCCUCUCUCACCUGGACUUUAGCGAUCUUCGCGCGCUGUACGAUGUGUCGUCCGGAGUACGACAGGUGCUCCAGAAGCCGGAGGUGCACGAGGCCCUCCUGCGCCGCUUCCUUGGCCCGAUCGGCUACAUGGGCGGGGCCAGCGAGGUCCCCGAGGGCAUGGCGUCGCUGCCCCUCUCCUUGCUCGAUGUCGAGGGCUUCCUCAUGUAUCUCUAUGGGAGCGACGAGCUCUUUCCCGCUGCGCACUUGUACGUCACAGGUGCCCACCAUCUGGACAAGCGCAUUCCGCGCCUGGCGCGCACCCUGGUCCGCUCGUACAACCGUGUGCUCGCGCAUGUGCGGCUCCAGGCGCCGAGCAAGUGCGGCGGCGCAUGGGAAGUGCACGGCCCCGACGGCGUGCAUUCGAUGCAAGUAUCGUCGCUCGUCACGCCGGGCCUGGCGUCGAUGUUCCAGGCGUGGGCCCCGGCUGGGCGCCCGUGGUUUGCGCCGGAGGUGCAGCGGGUGGAGCGGGAGCUGUUUAUCUCGGGCGUGUGGCGCUUGCUCCGCAAGGGCGACGUGGCGCUGAACACGGCGACGGAUGCACGCUUCGUGUUUGAUGGCGAGGUGCUCGUGCCACUGGCGACGGACUACGAUGCGCAGGGCCACCUCCCUGCUUGUAUCAAUGCGCUGCGGUAUGCGCCGACGUACUUUGACCCGGCCUUGCCGCCUACGCCCACGCCGGUCAUGUACAUGAACGUGAGCCCCUGGCGCGACGAGAUCAUCACGUCGCUGCAGCUCGUGCGCGACAACAUCGAGCGGACCGGCGCGAACCGCCAGCUGUACCGCAUCUCCAAGUGGGUGUACCGCGCGGCCUUCACGGUGUCCGUCCCUUACGAUGGCGCGCCGGACUUUGUGGCGAGCGCGUUCGAGGCGCAUCGCGGCUGGAACGGCACCGUGCUCAUUGACGUCGAGAGCACGGCCGAGCAUGUGGCGCGCUUCCUGGAGCGGUGCCGCUGCCCCGGCGACCCCGCGUCGUGGGUCGCCGACGUGCUUGCCCAUGUGUUGGAGGGCACCAAUGCGCUGCUGGACGUCUCGCGGCCGACCAGCGACGAGGAAGGCGCCCAAACACUGCAUCCAUUUUACCUGCUACGCGACCGCAGCCGUGCCGGUCUAGCAUGCCUCGUCCCUGCCUAG